GUCAGAAGGAUGGGCAGCAGCAGGUUUCCCGUGGACGUGACAGCUGUGGGAUUGCUGAAGCAUGGCCGGCAGAAGAUCAGCAUGCUUUCUGUCUCCUGGUCUGACCAAACCCAGGUUCUCAUUUACAGGACAUUUGAAGAAUUUAGGACCCUCCAUAAAGGACUGAAGAGAAAAUUCCCCAUUGAGAGUGGCUUAUUGAAAAAAUCUGACCGGACCCUCCCAAGAUUUCGAGAUGCCAAUGCGAUGCUGAGGAAGAAUCAGAAGCUCAGCCGCUGCAUGGAGACUCUGAGGCUGCUGGAGGUUUAUUGCCAGGAGCUGCUGAAGACUCAAGCCAAAAUCUCCCGAGGAGAAGAUGUGGUUAAGUUUCUGGAAGCCCACGGCCAGGAUCUGGAGCCUCCCUUUCCAGAAAACAGCAUCAUCGUUCUGCCUUCUGAAAUGGGAGAGAGGAAGAAAGAGGCUCCCAGGGCUCCCAGCCUGACCAUCACACAGCCAGUCGUCUCCCAGAUGUACCAGUGCGUUGCACCUUUUCGAACUCAAGACACCCAGAACAAGCCCUUCGAAGCCACCAAGGCAGAAAAGCUGGAAGUGCUGAUGAAGAACAGGACAGGAUGGUGGCUAGUGGAAAACAACCGAAAGCAAAUCGCCUGGUUCCCAGCUCCGUACCUGGAGGACAGCAAAGAAAUGCCCAUCAUGGAAGAAAAUUACGAGGAAGGGUUGCUGUAUUAUGUCACCCAGGCUUACAGAGCCAAGCAAGCAGAUGAACUCUCCCUCGAGUUUGGGAUUGUGGUGGAAGUGCUGGAGAAAAAGGACAGUGGCUGGUGGCUGGUUUGGUACAAUGGAACCACAGGCAUUGUUCCCUCCAUGUUUCUCCAGCCGUACAGAAACCCCCUUAGCAAAUUCCUGGCUCUUGCCUCUCCCUCCUUAUGCAACUCCUUGCCAAGCCUCACUGAAGCCUCCAGUCUCAGCAGCAAGAAUUGUGCAUCCCAGCAAAAGGGGAACCAGGUUUAUCUCAGCCAGAAGAUGCAAAGACAAGACACUGGCUCACUCGAGGGGAAAGGCAUUCGUUCUCCAAGUAUAAGUUCCACCUCAAGCAAUUCCAGUCCAGCCUCUGGGAGAGAGAGUUGGUCCAGCAGCUCCGGGAACCUGAGUGAACAAGGAUUCUGCGGUCCCUGUGAUCCUGAGGGCCACAUUGUCCUCACAGAGAUCCAGGAAUCUGGCAACCCAGGAAGUGCCUCCUUAAGCCAGCAGCAGAGCAAUUCGGGCUAUGAAGAGGAAUCUUCUGGAGACCCUGUGCAUUUGCUUCCUUCCUCUGGUAUGGGCUCCUUGCCUAGAGGGCCCAUUGUGCCCCCACGCCCCUCCCCUCAUGAAAUCCUCCAGAAAUGCAGCAGCCUAACAAGAAGGGCUCUGCAGAGAUCUCUGGCGCAGCCCCGCCGGUUCCCAGCUGUAGAAAACAAAGAAGGUGCCAUCUGACAUCAUUGGUCUCUGAGGUUUAUUAAUAUACAAAAUACCUGUUGUGUGUGAAAGGAAUCAGUUCCUUAUGCUUAGGGUUAGAAUUGGGAUGUCCUUCCAGUCAGACUGAAGUGGUUCAAGGGAUGAUGCUCUUCCACAGAGGGACACCCCUCCAUUUUCCUAGAGACCAAGCUGAAAGCACCACUUUUAGAGCUUUCAUCUUGGAGCCAAUCCCUUGGAAGGGAAAGGAGGGGACAUUUUUCACCAAGUUGGGGUGCCAUUUGGCCAUGCUGGAUGGAGCAGACACAUAUCUGUGUGGCGCACUGAGAAUAUUUUGUGGAGGACUUAGCCCAAUCCUGCCUGAACAAGAGAUGGGCAGGUAGAACUGAGACCCAUGUGGCCAUUUGAAGCUCUAGUAGUCCAACCUCUACUCAACUAUCAACACCCAUGAGUUGUUGACUGCUGUAUCCAAAUUGGGGUCUAUAGUAGAUAUUUAUUUAAUAAUAUAAUAUACUGAAAUGGAUGCAUUUUAAUACUUUUAGGUAUUGCUAACUUAUUAAUGUAUUUUAAUAUUUUAGUAACUGAUUUUUAUCUAGAGGCUUGAGUAUAUAUGUAUACUUAGAUAUAUACAAAUAUGAAUUAAUAUGCUGUACUUUCCAAUUCCAAGCA